CCGUGUCGCUCGAGGUUGCUCGCUCGCUCUCGGGCUCGCUCCUUGGAGCGAGUGGACCGACUGGUACACGGCGGCGGCCGCGACUCCUCCGGUUCGGUCGCAAUCUUUAUUUCAGGCUCGACCGCGAACUCGGGGCGAACUGGUCGAAGCGCGCGCGGCCGCCCCGGUUUUAACCCGGCCCGUACCCUAGCCGAACCGCGCGCGAACCGCACGUAGCUAAAUUUGAAUUCGCCGACGUGUCGGCCGCGACGACGAAGACGACGACGGGGACGACGACGCGUCGCGGACGCGGCCAACCGACGGACGAGUGGUGCCCGCGACGUUGCCGCGCCGCGCUCCUCGCACGCGGCCGACCAACAGACGGAGAGAGCGGAGUAUUUUAAGAAGGACCGCCGACCCGCGACCAGGGUGCAUCUAGUCAACACAUCUAGUCCCGUAGCCGCGAAUGUCCGGCUACCUAAGAAUAAUUUCGCCCUAAGUUAUUAUUACACCACCACGGUUCCUAUAAAUAAAGACUCCAUUGACGGGGCACGUCGAACGGAACGAUAACCGGAGAAACGGAGUGAGAGAGGAAGAGGAAGAGGACCCAAGAGUGGGAGAGAGAGGGACGGAGGGCCAGGGUGCGAGGGAAAGGAAGAGGACCCCCGAUCGAAACGAGAGCUCGGAACACCCGAGGGGUUUCGCUUGGCCGAAUCGAGCCGAAAAUCGAUGCGACCCUAGGUGACACCGAUCGCUGACCGCCGGACGACGCCGGCCGACGACCGCUCCGAGGAUCCACCAGACUCGCUUCCGCUCCUCGGGAAGGACGCCCGGAGGAGCGAGGCCGAUCUCUCCGGCUUCCUACGUGGUUUCGGCGAGACCGCGCUCCCAUCCGGCGGCCGCGUAGGACGCGAGACGUCGCCGAGACGUCCCUAAGUAAGACGGACCACGUGAGGAACGAGUCGAGAGAGAGAGUGGAAGAAGGAGAUCGACUACCGGCGAGCGGCGCGGGCGCGUGCACCGCGCGCACUCCGGCACAAAUGAGCCAGCGAUUCGACGUCGAACCUAGCCUGAAAAUCGCGCGUCUAACAUUCCAUCCAGAGCUUUGAAGGAACUUCCCCUGGUCCACAAAGUAGUGCAACAAUGGGUCGAAAGAAGAUUCAGAUUUCUCGCAUUACGGACGAACGGAAUCGUCAGGUGACAUUCAAUAAGAGGAAAUUCGGGGUGAUGAAAAAGGCUUACGAGUUGUCCGUUUUGUGCGACUGCGAGAUCGCGUUGAUUAUCUUCAGCUCGAGCAACAAGCUGUAUCAGUACGCCAGUACCGACAUGGACAAGGUUCUCUUGAAGUACACCGAGUACAAUGAACCCCAUGAGUCCCUCACCAACAAGAACAUUAUUGAGGCGCUCAACAAGAAGGAGCAUAAGGGUGCCAUGUCCCCGGAGAGCCCGGAGCCCGACGCGAACGAGUACAAUCUCACCCCGCGCACCGAGGCCAAGUACACCAAGAUCGACGAGGAGUUCCAGAUGAUGAUGCAGAGGAACCAGCACAAUGGCACUAGGGGAAUGGGACAGUCUAAUUACACGCUGCCCGUGUCCGUGCCAGUAAACAGCUACGGGGAAUCUCUUUUGGGAUCUAGUCCGCAAAUGGCACACACCAGUAUCUCUCCACGACCGUCGUCCUCUGAAACAGACUCAGUGUACCCACCUGGAGGGAUGUUGGAGAUGAGUAACGGGUAUCCACCGUCGGCGUCACCGCUGGGUGGAUCACCGAGUCCUGGGCCAUCCCCAGCCCUUGGAGUAGGUGGCGGUGGUGGAAACAAAGGUGGAAAUCCUUCCAGACAUUCGCCUCAACCGCCGCCACCGCCUCACCCUCACCGAGCAAAUUUACGAGUAGUUAUACCAACACCUCUCACACAGCCACUCUCAGAAGAUAACUACGAUAGCGGGCACUCGCAGACAACGUUGAAUACACCUGUAGUGGCGUUACAAACACCAUCGGUCCCAGCUGGGUAUUCUAGCUUUGGUCCUACGGAUUAUUCCUCAGACCUUGGCAGUCUCGCAUGGUCUCACCAGAGGUACGUUGAUGACUUAUCAAUGUAUUCGGCAGCCACCAUGUCCAGCAUCAGUGGUCUUCCACAUUUAGCCGUCUCGAGCAGUACACCUCCACCGUCUACGUCGCCUCUGCCUGUGAAGAUAAAGAGCGAACCGAUAAGCCCGCCGAGGGACACCCACGGAGGUGGAGGCGGAUCCAACGGGGCUCCAGGAAAUUCAAACAACUUGCACCAUACAAAUCUCAACGUGGGCCCCUCGUCCAGCAACGGAGCACCGCCACAUCACGUAACUCACGGCGGUCCUCAAACGUUGAAUCUAGUAUCUAGCAGGCCGAACAGCAACCCGCCACCUUCCCACUCGGGGAGCAUAACGCCGACGAAUCUGCCGUCCCCGGGAGGUGGACCCGUCGGAGAUAUCAGAACGACUCACGGCGGGGCAGGCGGUAACGGUGGAAGUAGCUCCGACUACGAGAACGGGCCACUGAUGAAGCGCUCUAGAAUUACAGAAGGAUGGGCAACUUAAUAUCGACCAAACGAUCGUACCCGGUCGUUUAAUACCUCGUCGUACAACGGCAUAUAGUGCUUUUGACUCCGAGUACAUUGUAAAACCACUUUAACGACGUCGAGACACGUACGCGUACUUCGCCAAAGUCUACGGCUCCGGGCGAACGGCUCGUGCCAGGCAAGUGGAAAAUCUGUUUAUAUUUUGAAACUGACACAGAGAACGUUUAUCCGAAGAAUAAAAUGCGGUGCCAUAAUGUUGAAACUUUAUAUAUAUAUAUAUAUAUAUAUACGAUGGAUAUAUAUUUUCAUGUAUAUAAUAAGAGGUGUUGUUUGUAUAUAUGUCAUAAAUUCGUAAUGGUUUUGUGGUACGGCAUGGUGUCGUUAACGUGGCCAUUUCGUUGGAGAUUCCUAAGGGAUCUCCGCAAUGUGGAACGCAACGAUUACCGAUCGUAGCGCCUCAAGAAGCGUAUCGGUAGACUAAAGAGCUUGCGAAGGGAUCUGCACAAAGCGCGAGGUAUGCAAAGACCAGACUCCAUCGUCACAGUUUGUUGUUGUUGUGCGCGGUAUAGCAGUCCUUGCACGGCAUAACCCGUUAAUCUACAUCUCAUCUGAAACGCAUUAAGCAUCGGUGUAUAAAUACAAUUGAUCUAGUCAUACGAAAAAAAAUUACUAUUAACCGAACCGACGCCCACGGCCGAUCGAGUAUCGACCGGCGGACCGAAUGUACUAAGUCAUUGCUUUCGAAAUCUUGACCCGAUUCUCUUUUAACUCAUUUUACGAACCGAGUUAAAGAAACGGCGAGAAUCGGACCGAUAAUUCUUCCUAAACCCGAGUGACGAGGUGACUUACAUUUACCUGGUACCUUCUUACCGACCAUCAUGAGUUUUAACCUGCACCAAUUAAAUCCGAAUGAGCUGCAUUAACGGUCUAUGUCCGCUGGCAUGCGAAAGUCGACUGCUAUACUUAAAAUAUACACGAUAUUCUAUGUGAACAAGAUUCGAAAUUAAUAUAUUGAAUUAUGAAAUAUUAUUAGAUAGGUAGAUAGGAAGAUAUUAUAUAGUGUUGAUUAAUAAAGAAAAAUAUAUACACUCGCGCAUAUGUAUGUGUACAUAUAUGCAUAUAUGUAUGCAUGUAUAUAUAUAAACAUACAUUUUCCACAAGUAUUUUGCACAUUUGAUAAAGAAGGGAAAAAAAAAACAAGUGUAAAAGAACAGAGGUUAGAACCUUGCAAUUUUUAAAGCCUAAAAAGCACAGAACGAGAGCUUCUCUCGCGAACAUAUGUCAAUGCUUUCUGCGAUACAACCUACUUUCGAAACCGAUUAUAUAUGAAUUUUGAGAUGUCUACGAGGAACUGCGAUAUGUCUGUGACUUCGAAGAUACUUAAAAUAUGGAAACGUCUUUGUAGAAGUCGUUGAAUACCGCAAAGCGAUACACUCUUGAAGUAUGUUACGCCUUUAGUCUAUGUAUGUCCUGCAACAACAAUGGCGACGCGAUCACACAACAAGGCAUGCUCUAUCUUGAUUUACUUUGGUUGCAGCGUUCGUACCGAUGAAAAAGUACCCACGAUGUGGCAAACACCUACAUAGAGUAAAGCGAAUAACGUUUGGAUCACUAGCUCCGACAGUUGUAUGCUAGGAGUCAGAAGUGUUACUUCAAGUAGUCGAACGUCCGACUUCUCGAGGGAACUAGUUUUGAAUUCUAGAGGGCCUUACAUUGAGUAUUCCUAUAAACUAAAUGUCAGCAGUUAGUUCUCGCCGUUGGUAAAUGUUACACAACCGAACCGAUGGGAUGAUCGUAAAUGCCUUAGAAUAAUUCUUUACCGACGUAUGCCAUGGAUAACGAGCCGAAGCACCUGCAGUUUGUGUAUACCUCGUUCUUAUCAGUAGCCAUUGCCCCUGGCAUCACCGUACUCAAUUCGACUCUAUGCCUUACUGUGCUAACGUUUAACUACAUAUCCUGGUGAAAAUAGCUCUCAGGAAUUACGAUUAAUGUAUUUUAGUGGAGUACACAGGUAUUUGAAUAAAUAGUGCCUGGCACCAUUCGUGGCCCUCUUGUCAUACUAUUAUAAAGAGUAAGGACAUUUAGGUGGGAAAUACAUUUUGUCAGUAAAUUUCUUUACUACGCGUGGCUGCGCUUAGAACGCGAUUACGCUAACACUCGGUACAUCGGGAGUAAAGUUAUUGAAACGGCCACGCGGAUAGUGAUUAAAGUUUAUCACAGAUUUGUAAGACGAUCACGAAGUGCAAUCUUUUAGCCAACACACUUUUUUAUCGAUAAAGGAAAAAGUAUAAAGAAAUUGUUAUUUUUCAUAACGAAGUGAAAUUUAAAUCUAUCGAAGGAUACAUAUGCCUCCUAUAGUUAUUACAAAUUUUCUAUUAACGCGAAAAUGAUUAUACUUAAUUGAUAUUGGUGUACCUUGACAAGAAGUGAAAUUGUACAGGUUCGACUUAUUUGGAACAUCUACUGUGCAGACGUAGCAUAAGUACGUGGCUCGUAAUCGAGCACUUCGCUUAAGUUUAUUCAAAUGAAAUUGAGUACGUUUUCGGCAAGAGGACAAAACUUGAACGCGUAAUGUUAUGAGAUAAUUUUAAACUCUUUGCGAAAUCGUUUGUCAAAAAAAUGGAUUAUCAAGUGUAAGCAGUCAAUACUUUCCUCAAACUUCUACCUUAUUCUUUAUUAUCCAUGCCCUUAUUUGCGUUUUCAUAGUGCAAUUUGACCAAAUCGAGAGAAUGAUAUCCAAAUACAUUCUUUGUGUAAUGGAGUACAAUUCACUUUGGAAUCGGUAUGAUUGAUAUAAUGAUCACAAAACGUCCGCACGAUUCAGUUAACGAUAUGACAGGCUUUAAUUGCCUACUGAAAGUGAACUCAUGCGCGUAAAACGUACGCGGGGACAUAUUUUAUCAUGCAAUGCAGUGUAGCGUGAUAUAUAUAUAAUUAAAGCUAAAAAUUAGGUAAUUCAUUAAAUGUAUAUACACUGCACGUACACACAUAUUAAUGUAUAUUUUUAAUAUCAACUACGUGUAAGUACUAUGUCAGCCGUACAUAAGAUAGAUGUCACCAAAACCAUUCGUGUAUCCGCUCUUUAUUCGUUACGAUCGAUGACCUUUAUAUUCUUUGAUUAAUCAGUCGACGAAAUUAAACUUAAACCCCGUCUUAUUUUAAACAUUAGAUUACUAAGGCGGAACUUGCGUGCAAUUACUUGAAUAUUCUUUGAACAUCUAAGUCCAUGAAGAUACCCAUUGAAUAUUUUAGUACUCAUAGGUGUACCCGCGAGCGUAUGGAACAAGAAUUAUUUUACGGUAAAUUUAAAUAAAAGUGACGAGUCGUAAACGUCCCUCCAUCGAUGAAACCGAAACUUGAAGGAAUCUUCCUCAGUGGACAUUUUAUUUGGAAUAAUUUUCAUGACGUUCGGGUACAUACUUACCAAGUGUUGCCUAAGUCCACUUCGCAAAUUGGCCCCCGGAAUUAGUUCAACGAAUCCUUUGUGUAAUGGAUUAACCACGCAGAUUUAUUUCGCUUCCGUAAAGUAAAAUCGAGACUUCAUACUUAUUCUCAUCCUAUUCGAUCCUAGGAAUUACUCUCGGUACCCGUUUUAUUUCCUCAUUUCAUCUAUCUCUAACAUCAGUGAUAACAUAGAGGUAUCUUUCUAACCGUACAACUCGACACGAUGAAUGCAAAUUACGCGAUACGUCUCUCGAUAAAUAGAUGUCCAUAAUAGAACGUCCAGGCAGUCACCGGCGCUUUUCUAAUCGGUACACUUUGUAAGUAAGGAAAUCGAUUUAUCAAGACAUUUUAAAGUCCCUUUAUACGUAACGACAUUUCCGAUUCAGCACGUGUGAACUUGUCUUGAUAAAUUGUCACUAGAAUGGUCAUACGGCUGUGUUCUUUAAUAUCCUAAUGAAUAUUUGAUACGUAGCAUAAUGGUAAUUAUCACGGUUAACGAACUCAGAGACUAUUGAAAUUGUUGGAUCGCUGUGAAUGAAAUGGACCACCUUUAAGAGAGCAGCUUUACGUUAGGACUCUUUUAUACGGACGAACGGUCUGUAGAAUGAAACACUAUAAAUAUAUACAUAUAUAUUAUACAUAUAUAUUUGUAUAUAACCAUGUGCUUUGUUCGAAAAAAAAAAAAAUGAUAAAGAAAAUACACAAGAUACUCGAAGUAGCCCCGGCUCGUAGACUACAGGGGUAAACAAAUGAAUUUCAAUUGCACGGCACAAGUACCGAUCGCUGUAACGACGUAGCGAGUUAAUUAAAAGUUGUACGUACCAGCGAGAAACGUUGUCACCAGAAACGAGCAAAGUUAAGGUAUUAAGUUUAAUAACGCAGGUUUAAGUGCUGGACAUAUCUGUAAAGCGAAGUAGCGUCACCUUUCGCAUAUACUAAUAGUAAUGUCGUCAUUUAGCGUUACCGUUAUAUCUGUGCAUUUUUAAACUACCGGGGUAAGAUCGAAACCCUCGUCUCGGCUGCCGAUAAGCGACCGAGUGAUAAGGAGUGACGGAGGCUGGGACGAAGGCCCGGCUCGCAAUUAACAUUUAAAUCUAUGCAACCGGUUGGUUUUAAAAUGCACACGUGGAAAAGAUGAAUUAUUAACACGUAUUAAAUAUUAAUGUAACGUAAUAUCCAAUCAUUUAUUUGUACGAUAAAGUCUAUAGAAGGUUGUUUAACGAUUCGCGGAAAUUAUGUAUUUUAGCGUUAGAAUUGGUUCCCAAUUGCGAUUACAUUGUACAAUGUAUAAAUUUUACCUAGGACUCGCACGUAUAUGUACGCGCGCAUCCGCGCGCGUGUAUGCACGGUAAGGCCGAGCAUGUGUAUGUGCCGUACGUACGCACACAUCGCCCGAUGUAUGGUACACAUUAGGAGCUACCUACGUCACCCAUAGUUGUGCGUUUAAUUAGUCGGUAAUUAAAAGAAACAAGGAAAGUAACUCGUAUAGUGCCAUCGUAACAGACUAAUUAAAGAAAUACCAAGUUUACGUUUUAACUAGUUAUAUAUGUCAGCGUGGGCCGACGUGUCUCGAUUGUUUUUUUCUUUCUUUUUCCGGGACUUUACUCGGAUAUUUCGGCCCCGACUUUUUCGCCGAAUCAAGUCAAACGAUUAGGAGUCAUGUAUACAUUAUAUCUCGGCGAAAGUCGACUCGAGAGGCGUCGAUCCCGAGUCCAUCGAGGAUGUAGUCGCGACGUCGAAGACAAAGACUCGGUUUACGUUUGUAAUAAUGACGAUCGUCGCGUUCGCCAAUGUUGUACGUAAGUGUAAGACAACCGAAAUAUGUGCCCAUAUGAAAGUGGCCUAAGUCAUAUAUUUUUUGUUUCGAAAUUACAUUGAAUUAAUUUCCUUUGAAAUAAUAUGGCGUGAAAUAACUGAUAAACUCAUUUUUUUUUUUUUUUAUUUUGACUUAGACCACUUUCAUAAUUAUGGGCACAUAUGUCGAACUAAGAGGUAAAGCAUAUCCCGACCAUUGUUUAGACUGUUCAGUCGGCUCUCACGUUUUCCGUAAACGAGAAUUCCCGUAAGACUCUAUACUUUGAGCUGUGAUUCUGUUCAGAACCUGGCAUUCACUUUUCUUAAAAAAGAGGUUACGGAUAUAUCCCUUUAGAUUUUUAUUUUAACCAGGACUUUGUUUUUAACGCUCCAGUGAAGGCGAAAACGUCAAUAAAUGAAUGCUAAUUGUUCUCAGAGGGUAUGUCACAUAUCGCGUGUGAUAUCCCUCCUUGCAAUGUACUUUUGCGUUAACAAUAUGCGGGGGUAAAAUGGAGUUUCGGAAGACCAGGUUUGCGUUAACAUACGAACGGUGGUGGAUUGAGCAGUCUAUAAUGUUUAACCUCGUUAAAUAUAUCCGUUGUCCGGUUAUGCACAUCCAAUGCCAUCCACGACACUGCGGAGGUACGGUCAAUGUCGGUCUUAAAAAGUUGCAUAUGUUUAAAGAUAGGAUCGCGACUUUUGUUUGUACGUAUCUCAUUUUUGGUGCUCGACAUACCCGAUUAUUGUUAUAUUAUUAUUACUGAUCUAUAUGACUAUGCUACCGUAAUGCCUAUUAUCGAUCGGUAAGAUAAUUAUCAGAGUUAGCGAUUAAUGAUGGUUAUUUGAUAACGCUCUAUGUACAUCACAUGCAUACAUACAAUCAUGUAAACACUUACACAUUGUGGUUAUAUUUCAAUGUAUCAGCAUAAUGAUAUAAUUAUUAUGAUGUUGCCCAUAGAAUACAUUUUACUUGGUUUUUAUA